AUGCUGUCUCAUCAGGUGAAAACGGAAGCCGAGUUGGACGCGCCCUGCGACGUGCCAUUGAAUCUGAAGAGCGAGCGUUGGUGGGCGGAUUUACCAGCACGACCGGCGUCAGCAUCAUCCACCGACAGCGACAGGAGUAGCGUCGGCAGCCCUGAACCAGUGGCAGCCACCACUGGCUCGCUCCACGAGCAUCAGAUGAUGAUGGAUGAGAUGAAGAACUCGCGGAAGAGAAGUCCGUCUCCUGAAAAUCUGCAUCUGGCGAAACGAGCGGCGGUGGCGCAGGCUCAUCUCAACGGAACGAUGGCAGGCAUGGUGACCCUACAGAAUCUUCAGAGCCUGGCGAAUCUGCAAAACCUACCGCAAGUCGCGUCGCUAGCCGCGGGUCUCCAGGGAAUGACAGCGGGAUUGACUAACAAUCAGCUCAUCAACACGCCCCUGAAUCUCACUGUCAGCUCCUCCGGAAGCACAGUACCAACAGCCUCAAACACGACAGCUGCACCUCACCUCCUGCCACCGAGUUCGACGCCAAUGGCGACAUUACCUCAGCUAUUAUCUCAGCCGCAACCGGUCGCGAUGCCUCAAUUCAUCCUAACGUCCGGUCAAUUGGUUCAAGGCAUUCAAGGGGCUCAGCUUCUUAUCCCUACGUCGCAAGGAAUCGCUACGCAAACUAUUCUGACUAUUCCCGUGAGCCACGUCACGAAUAAUCAGAUGGUGAACUUGGCGCUCAGCAACGGCCAGGUAGUGUCUACGACCCUGGCGAACCUUCAGUCGAUCGCUCAGCCGCAGAACAUGCUGAACACGCCGACCAACAACGGUGAUUUUACAGUUCCAACAAGUCCCAGCUUAGCAUCCGGAUUAGGGCUGAAUUCAGCCGCUCUGCCACACCUUCUGAGCAACAGCUCGGCCAGCCAGCAACUUCUGAGCGCGAUACAACCUCAGCAACUGCUUCAGGCCGCGCAAGCGGCUCAGGCACAAGCGGCACAGGCUGUACAGGCCGCUCAGGCCUCCCAGCAACCUCUUCUAACUACAGAAGCAUGGAGCAUUGUCGUUUGUGAUACUGGUUCAGCUACUAAUCCGUUACUACCAUCCCCCGCGUGUCCCUCACAGCCAACGGAGAAGCAUCACAGAGAGAGGCCAGAGCAAUCGUCGCCUUUGAACGAGUCCGUGGUGUCCGCGGCUUCAGCACUAAACAGACUGGCGGCCAGCAACGGAGAAAUCACCAUCACGACCACGCAUGGACCAAGCGGAGCCGGUGUGAAGGCCUCGCCGAGUAGCAUGCACAAUCUGAAAAAGGAGGAGGACGAUCUGAAUGAUUCACCUAAUCAGCCGACCAUCAACGAGGCCACGAACAACAUAGUGGAUGGUUACAAUCUGGAGGAGAUCAAAGAGUUCGCGAAGGUGUUCAAAUUCCGUAGAUUGUCGCUGGGUCUCACGCAGACCCAGGUGGGACAGGCCCUGAGUGUGACAGAGGGUCCAGCUUACAGCCAAAGUGCCAUAUGCAGUGCCCUGGCUACCCAGAUGUAUGCUGCCUCGCAGAUUGCCUCUCAGCAGCAAGCUACAUUCGAAAAAUUGGACAUCACGCCAAAGAGCGCGCAAAAGAUAAAACCGGUCCUGGAGAGGUGGAUGAAAGAGGCUGAAGACAGGCACAAGAACGGUUUACAUCAGCUGACAGAUUUCAUCGGCGUGGAAACGAGCAAGAAACGAAAACGGCGAACUUCGUUCACCCCGCAGGCUUUGGAAGUGCUGAAUAUUCACUUCACCAGGAAUACUCAUCCUAAUGGUAACGAAAUCACGAAUUUAGCGCAACGCCUCGGCUACGACCGAGAGGUGAUCAGGAUUUGGUUCUGUAACAAGAGGCAAUCGCAGAAGAACGCGAGAGUGAUGAAGGAUAGUGCGUGAAACCAGUGCGUGAACCAGUGCGUGAACCAGUGAACAAGAG